AAUCGUGUUGUCCAGCUCUAACCUCGCCGUCUCUGGUCGCUCAGAGCCAGCUCAACCCGCGGCGGCAUCCUAAUCGUCGCAUAUAAAAACCGUCAACAGCCUCCUACUCCCUCUCCAGAUUAAAAAUACGCGGUAGGCUGCACCGAAGCUCUCUCAUGGCGGAAAUCUCCGCCUCAUCUUCCUUCUCUUCUCUUCAACUCCCCACCUCGUUUCCUCCGCCUCUGGCGUCGGAGACUCGUUGCGACAACGACCUUCUAAGGUAUCUCCUUCGGCUCUCCCACGAAAUAUCCCUCUUCGACGUCCCUUGCCCCAUCCUCGGUCGUCUCUUCUCUUCCAUCGCCCGCAAAUCCAAGCUACUCGCCAUCCUCUUCGACGAACUGCUCCAACAAGACACUUACACAGCAGCAGUCGAACUUCCCCGCCCGGCCUCUCUCUGCUUUCGUGAGAUCCUCGUCGUUCUACAGCGAUUCAAAGCCCUGUUCACCGACUGCUCCUCUCGUAGUCGCAUGCGCCUCAUUCUGUACUCUGAUACACUCGCCAACGAUUUCCACAUGCUUGCCCUCGACCUGUCUACUCUCCUCAACAUCCUCCCCCUCUCCGAUCUCCGCCUCUCUGAUGACGUUCGCGACCUCGUCGAUCUCCUCCGCUCCCAAUGUUGCAGAUCGAGAUCCACCGUCGAUCCCGACGUCUCCAACCUCCGCCGCGAGAUCCUCACCAUCAUUCACGAGAUCGAGUGCGAGAUCGUCCCAGAACGCUCUCGCCUCGCUGCCAUCCUCCACAAUCUUGGUCUCGAUGACACCCAGAGCUGCCGCCGCGAGGUUGAAUGCCUCGAGCGAGAAAUUGGCGAACGGUUUUCGGAGAAAUGGACGGCUGCGAUGAUCUCCCUUGUGGGAGUCGUGCAAUACGCUAAGUGCGUGCUUUACGGCGCCUCCACUCCGAGGUCGGAUUCCUCCGCUGGGAAGCUCUUCUUCACCAGCUACGAUUCCGCCGGCGGUUCGCAGAAUGGCGGUACCCCGCCGGAUUUCCGAUGCCCUAUCUCCCUUGAUCUGAUGCGUGAUCCAGUCGUCGUGGCGAGCGGGCAGACGUUCGAUCGUGAAUCAAUCACCCGCUGGAUUCGCUCUGGCCGCGCCACGUGUCCCAGUACCGGUCAGGCUCUGCGACACACUAAUCUCAUUCCUAACAGAGCUCUAAAGAACCUCAUCUCCCGCUGGUGCCGUGAGCAGAACGUCCCCUUCGCUGUCGUCGCAGCCGGCGAACCUGCCGUUUCCGGCGGUAUCGAGAACAAAGCCGCAGUGGAAGCUGCUAGGAUGACCGCGGCAUUCUUGGUCCAGAAGCUGUCUACAUCUCCAUCAACCGAGGCGGCGAACCGCAUCGUCCACGAGCUCCGUCAGCUUGCCAAAACCCAGUCCGAGAACCGAGCCUUCAUCGCCGAAGCAGGCGCGGUCCCUCUUCUCCUCCCCUUCCUCUGUUCCAACGAUUCUACUUUACAGCUGAACGCCGUCACGACCCUUCUCAACCUUUCCAUUUUCGAACCCAACAAGAGACGGAUAAUGCGUGCUGACGGAAGCAUCGAUGCCGUAAUCCAUGUUAUGUCCAAUGGGGAAGCCAGCUGGCAGGCAAAGGAAAAUGCUGCAACUUUGCUUCUUAGCCUAUCUUCAAUGCAUCCUUACCGGCGGCGGAUUGGGGAGAACCACUCAGCCGUAGCGGAAUUGGUGAAGCUCGUGCGGAAUGGGCCUGCGAGCACGAAGAACGAUGCUAUGGCGGCCAUCCUUAGCCUCGCUGGGGACCGUAAGAUCGUUCCAUUGUUGGUGGAAAAAGGCGUCUUGGAGGCGGCGCUUGAUGCGUUUGCUAUUGAAGAAGCGGCCGAAGCGGCGGCUGCAGUGAUCGCAGGCAUGGCAAAGCGCGGCGGAACGGUGGUAGUUGAGAAGUUGGAGAUGGAGGGUGCAGUAUCCAAACUGGUGGGAGUUCUCCGGCGAGGAACGGAUAGUGCUCGGGACAAUGCGGCAGCGGCGUUGGUGGUUUUGUGCCGUCAGUCGGUCGGCGGUGUGGUGGCGGAAGUGGCGAGUAUGCCGGGGAUUGAGAAAGUAAUAAGGGAAUUGAUGGGGUACGGAACGGAGAGGGGGCGCCGUAAGGCAGCUACGCUGGGGAAGAUUUGUCGGAGAUGGGUUGCAGGGGGAGGUGGAGAGGAUCUCAACGACGAUCAUGGCGAUGGGAUCAGGCCUGGUGGCGGUGGUGGCCUGUAGGACCUCAACUGAUUUUGGGUUCGGAAUCCCGGCUGGUGGCUUUGUACCAUAUGAUUCCUUAGGAAAUUGGUUUUU